AUGAGUUUGAACCCGAUACCUGAGGUCUAAUGUGAGGUCGACCAAUAAGACUUGAUUGAAAAAUUGCUGUGUAAGAAUCGCUUUCUUGAGAAGCGAUGCAAUUUCUACAAAAGGAAGAGAGAGUUCUUGAUAAUCUAAUUACAUCAAGCAGAGACUCCAAAUAACAAAUUGUCAGAAUCCAAGGUCUCAGUGUCAUCAGCAGCCAAUUGCAAUCUUCCAACAAUGCCUGAUGAAACUGAUUUGAUCCAAAAAUACUAAGAUGAAUUGCAAUUAAAAGAGACUAUAAUUUUGGAACUGAAAGAAGCAGUUGCUGCACUUGAAAACAAGGUUAAUAAUUUGUAAGCAUGCAAUGACGAGAUGCAAUAUCAAUUAUCAAAGAAGCAGCAAGAAUUUGUAAGGAGUGAUAAAGUGACUCAGUCAGUUAUCAUCCCAAAAUCUACUAGUCAGACUGAAAAGGCGAUGGCAGUCAUUGACAAAUUCGUUUAGCCUAUCUCAUCCAGUUCAUUCAAGUCCACCGAUGGCAAACCUCAAUCGACUGAGGAGAAGAGGAAAUUGAUAAAGAAAUUAAGUAUGCAUGCUGGAGCUUCUGCCUAUAUGAUGGCCAUGAAGGGGGAUUAUACGACAUUGCAGAAUGCUUCGGAAGAGAUCUAGAGCAACAAGAGUGUGGAACAACCAUGAAUUAAUUAAUUUAAUGUAUAAAUUUGUUGUUGUUGUUGAGGAAA